UCGCGUUUUCAUUUUCGGCGUCUUGGUUUUAAACUUGUAGCUUUGGUGUCACUGUAUUUUUAUAAAUUUUACUCUAUAAAUAAGAGUAACUAACUGCCAGUAUGUCAGGAGAUACAUCUUCUAGAAAAGUAAAAAGAUUUUCAGAAUCCGAUAGGAGUUCAGAUUUCGAUGCAGCUACUCAAAAAGCCCUCGAAGAAAUUGAUGUGUGUCAGAACGAUAUUGACAAUAUAAAUGAAAAAGCCAGUGAGGAAAUUCUUAAAGUCGAACAAAAGUAUAAUCAACUUCGAAAGCCUUUCUUCGAUAAAAGAAAUCAUAUUAUCAGCAAUAUUCCUAAUUUCUGGAUAACAGCUAUAAUGAACCAUCCAGAUUUGAGCGCUCUCUUAGAUGAUUCUGAAGAAGAUUGCCUCCAUCAUUUAACUAAACUGGAAGUUGAAGAAUUUGAAGACAUAAAAUCCGGUUACUGGAUAAAAUUUUAUUUUGAGGAAAAUCCAUAUUUUGAAAAUGCAGUUAUCACGAAGGAAUACCAUUUAGGCUGUGCCACCCCAACUUCUGAGAGCACACAGAUCAUAUGGAAGGAAGGAUGCACUUUGGGUCAAACCUCAGAAAUAAGUAGAGGAGGAAGAAAACGGCGCCACGAACCGUCUAAGACAUUCUUCGGUUGGUUUAACGAUAAUAUUGAUCCGUAUACGGAUGAUAUUGCUGAAGUUAUAAAGGAUGAUUUAUGGCUAAAUCCUCUUCAAUAUUAUUUGGUGCCAGAUGUUGAAGGAGAUGGAGAGAAUGGUAUGGAACAAGAAGAUGGUAGUAGUAGUACUGAAGUUGAGGAAAAUGUAGACGAUGAUGAAAAUAAAUCUACCAGUCAGCGUAAGUAAUAAUUUCCAGGAGGUAGGUCAGCUUGAUUUCUAUCAGAAAUUAGGAAAGAAGAAAAUUUGGUUAAAUUUUUAAUAAAACAUUUUUAUAACAUUUGCGGCACUUAAUAUGUCUUGUAAUGUUUUACUUAGUCCAGAGCAGAAUGUUAUUACUAAGGAGCACAUAUUAUCAUUUACACUUAUUGUUAUUAUAUUUUUUUUAUACAACUAUAAGUGUACUGGACCCUUUUUAUAAACUCUUGGAUUUUACAUUAGUAAUUAUCCUUUUUUUUAUUCAUAGUUUUUGUUUUAAGACAAUAAGUAUAUGAGUAGGUAUAAUACAUGAUACAAAUACUAAGAGAUAUGAUAUUGUGCAUACUACUCACGGCAAUGUUAUGACACACGUAGAUAUCAAAUAGUUUUUGGAUAUUAUUUGUGUGGGACUGAUGAGCAGUGCCAUUAAUAAUGCCAACCCAUUUUUAUGGUUUGGUUGUACGUUCUAAAGUAAAGUAAAUUUCAUGUUUAUAUUAUGUGUGUUUUUGAUUGUUGUAUCACACUUUUGAUUCCUGUGGUGAUUAUUAUCUAUUAAUGACAUCCUGAAAUGUGUUUUGUACUUGGUUGUACAACAGACAACUGAAGCAAAUUGUUUAAUAAGGACAUAUUUUUCAUUUUCCAAAUAACAAAAAUAUUUUAAAAAUUUGGGUUGGAGCUUACAUACUUAUCAAAAAUACUCGGAUUUAUUUCAGGUAUUUCAGCACAUCAGACUAGUUAGUUCCAGAAGUCGCUAAAUUAAAAAAAUAAUAAUAAGAGCUACCAAAUGAUUAAUGAAACGGUUUUAUUAGCAAAUUUUUGUCAAACAAUAUGUCAGAACUGAAGGCUUAUGCAGUUAUUGAGAUAUUGUAACCAGUUUUAAUUUAUUAGAUAGGUAAUCAUGAACAGUUAGCAUAAACUUUAAUAAUACACUACUUAAAUCAGAGUUAGUUCACAGAAAUAUCUUACUUUCUAGUCGUUGUAUCAUGGGUACAAUAUAUAUUUCUUUAAAUACUUUUGAAUCAUAUUUGUUAAAAAAAUAAAAAA